UGUGUGUGUGUGUGUGUAUAUGUGUGUUUAACUCUGUGCUAAAGAACCCAACCAGCAUUUAUAUUUGGCCUGAUCAUUGGCUUGUGUGUGCUUGUGCGUGUGUGUAUGUUGUAUACGUGCAUGUGUGUUGGGUGUGUAUGUGGCGUGUGUGUGUGUGGGUAUGUGUGCGUGUGUGUGUGUGUGAUAGGCCCCAGCGGAGAUGGAGGCCCGAGACUCCCCCGUGGCCCAGCUGCAGGAGGAGGCGAGUGGGGAGGCUGGCCGUGGCUCUCCCGUCACCGUGUCUAACCCUGCUAGCGAUAACGUUAGCACUAUUAACCCUGAGUGUGUCAGUGACGCCACUGCUCUGCAGAACUGUAACCAAGAUACCAACUGCCAUGAAAACUCCACUGAUGAGAACAGGCCCUUGUCGUCUACAGAAAGCCUUCGUCAGCUCUCCCAACAGCUAAAUGGCCUACUCUCUGGGUCAUCCACUUAUGUCAAUGGAGAUGGAGCCCCUUCACCAGUCAACGAGAAAGAAUUAGAAGCUCGGAACCAGGAGCUGUCAGCUGCCCUGGACUCCAGCAACCUAACAAACUCGCAGCUCAGUGCCCAGCUCCAGCAGCUGACACAGCAAUCUCAAGAGCUCAAUGACCAGCUUCAGAAGGAGCGUAAGGAGUUUGAGCAGAAGUGUGUGAAGGAGCAGGGAGCCAUGCGGGAACAGCUGCAGGUACACAUCCAGACCAUUGGCAUCCUUGUGUCUGAGAAGACAGAGCUGCAGACUGCCCUUUCCUACACGCAACAGGCUGCUCGACAGAAAUCAGCGGACGCGGAGGAGCUAAACAACCGGCUUCAGGCCAGCAAGCAGCGUGUGUCUGAGCUGGAGAGAACUCUGUCCACUGUGUCCACUCAGCAGAAACAGUUUGACAAGCAUAACAAAGAGCUGGAGAAGGAGAGGGACAGUCUGCGGCUGGAGGUUUUCAGGCUAAAUAACUCAAAUGAAGAGGCUCGGCAGCAGAGCUCAGAGCUGACUGAACAGCUGCGUCAGCGCGUCAGUGAGAACAGCAGCCUGACGCUGGAGCUGGACGACCUUCGCAGGCGCCUGGAGAUGGCCGACGUCAUGCUGCAACAGUUCUCCAACCAGUCUGGUCAUCCCUCUGCUAACCAGCAGGUCCAGUUGCUCAUGGAGGAAAAACACCAGCUUGAGGCCCAUGCAGCUCAGAUGAAUGAAUCAGUGGUCCAGCUUCAGACAGAGCGAGACCAGUAUGCGUUACAGAUUCAGGAGGAUGGAAGAGUGUGGAAAGAGAAGACAGAACAGCUUCUGUCUCAGGUGACGAUGCUCUCAGAGGAGCGGGACCGGAGCAGUACACAGAUCCAUGAGCUUGAAGCCCAAAUCUCAGAGCUGAGGAGUUCUGCAGCGGUGCUGCAUGAGCAACAACAGCAGGCGUCUGUGGACUCCGCCCCUUCAGGACCCUCAGAGACGGAACAGGCGCUACAGGAGGCCCUCAACACGGCCCAGCAGGAGAGAGAUGCCCUCAGCCUACAGUACCAGGCACAGGUGCGGGACAACGAGCAGCUGUCUCGGCUGUGCCAGGAACAGGAGACGCGUAUGGAGGAGCUGGAGCGGGAGACGCAGCGGUCAGCUGAGGAGGUGCAUGACCGGCGGCGCGUCCUGGAGGACGCGCAGAGUGACAAGGCCACCAUCAGCCGGGCCCUUGCCCAGAACCGCGAGCUCAAGGACCAGCUGGCUGAGCUGCAGAACGGCUUCGUCAAGUUGACCAAUGAGAACAUGGAGCUGACCAGCGCCCUGCAGUCGGAGCUGCACGUGAAGAAGGAGCUGGCCCGCCGCAUGGGUCAGCUGCAGGAGGACCUGCACAACGGCAAAGAACAGCUUGAGGAGCGCAGCGCGGAGGUGUUGUCGGUGUGUGAGCAGCGGGACCAGUACGCGGCGCACCUGCAGCAGUACUCGAGCGGCUACCAGCAGCUAGUGGGCGAGCGCGAGGAGCUGCACAAGCGAGUGCUCCAGCAGGCGCAGCUCAUGGACCGACUGCAGCACGAGCAGGUGCAGGGCCAGGUGCAGCUUCAGCAGAGCCACCAGCAGCUGCAGGACGCACAGGAGAAGCUGACCCAGCUGGCCAGAGAUAACGAGCAGCUGAAGUCGGAGGUGCAGGACCUGCUCAACGGCUCGGCGUUGACCUCCACCUCCAGAGACCAAGGCGAUGGUCUGGAGAGCCAGUCUCUAGCAGAGGGCGCUGAGAAGUCCGCUAUCGCCAUCCCAGAGGACUUUGACAGCAGGGAGGAGAUGGAGGAGUUCCUGCAGUCGGUGCUGUUUCGUGUGGAGAGUGAGCGUGAUGAGCUGAAGAGGCUGUUGGACAUGGAGACGAGGUUGCACCAGACGGCCCUCCAGCAGGUGGCAGCGCUGAGUCAGCAGCAGCAGCAGCAGGCGGAGAACAGCAGCUCCAGCCCCAACGUUUCCAUCACAAACAUGGGGGAUGCGGGUGGCGUGCCCGUGGAGGUCCACGAGGCCCUGCGCGUUGCCAUGGAGAAGCUUCAGGAGCGUUUCACGAGUGUCAUGCAGGAGAAGGCCGACCUCAAAGAACGCAUGGAAGAACUGGAACACCGCUGCAUUCAGCUAUCGGGAGAGACCGAUACGAUAGGGGAGUACAUUGCUCUGUACCAGAACCAAAGAGCCAUCAUGAAGCAGCGGCACAUUGAGAAGGAGCACUACAUCAGCAUGCUGGCCAAAGACAAGGAGGAAAUGAAGGCAAAGCUGGCGGAGCUGCAGGACCUGGUGAUGCGGCUGGUGGGCGAGAGGAACGAGUGGUACACGCGCUACGUCAGUGCCGUCAGCAACGAGCCCCACAGCGCCCCCCAUGGGACCGACACGGAACAGCAGGCCGCACACAGACGCAUGGAGCUCAACGCUGUAGAUGGACCAGAGUCUAUGGACAUGAGCACAGCGGCGGUCUUGGACCCUUCGCCCGAGUCGAGCGAAGAGCCACCACUGCAGCAAAGCGCCGCUGACGGUCAACUCAUGGACAGCCCCCUGAGGCCCAAAGAGGAUGGCACGGCACGCCAGAUCAUGCAGCUGCUGCAGGAGAUCCAGAACCCCCAGGCCCGGCCCGCGCCCUUCCUCGGAGAGAACCCCUGCAUCCCCUUCUUCUACCGGCCGGACGAGCACGACGAGGUCAAGAUCCUGGUGGUCUGAGAGACGGAUGGACAGAAAGAGAGAGAGAGGAGGGAGAGAGAGAGAGAGAUGGAGAGAGACAUGGCCUAACUUCACUCUUCCUCCCGCUACUCUUACUGUAGCCCCCUCUUCCUCUCUUCCUCCCUCGUCUUCUCUUUCCUUCUCCUCCUCCUCCUCUCUCUCCGUCAUCAUCUCUGGGAGGUGUCGGCUUACGGAGGCUGUCCGUUAGCGGAGGCUGUCCGUUAGCAGUGGCUGCGGUCAGGUGGCCGCUCUUUAUCAGUAUGUGUAAUGAACUUGGUCUACGGAGUGCUGAGCCACAGUGCUCAUAUAAAGGGUGAAUGGGCAUUUAUCUACUACUUUACUUUCUUUUUCUCUUGUGUUAUGUUCCAUAAAUACAUAGUUCUCUACCACAGUGCUUGAGCGAGCUUCAGAGUGUUUCUCCCAUCACCAGUUGUAAAAAAAUAUAAAUGUCUUAUCUAUCAGUAACAUAUUCAUAGAUUUAUCAGGGAAGAGGCCUUUCUACAUCUUUACCAAUGUUUGCUUUUUUCUUUUUUUUUUCUUUUUUCUGCAAGGCCUCUCCGAGCCUCCCCUUUGACUAAGAAGUGCAAUAAAACAUAGAAUAUCUGCUAGUCUGCUAAUGUCUACAUCCCUCUCCCGCAGACACUCUUGUCCCUGGGAAACUGGAUCUGAGGGCGCACUGUCUGCGGGGCUGUUUCAGAUCCCAACCCAGCCCCCAGGCAGACGCUGCGUCGGGUAUUUUUGUGAACACUUGAAUAGAUUCAUCAGCCCCGUCAGCUGUUGUCAAGCCAAAAAAGACAAAGUUGUGAUCGAGGGGAGUGAGAGAGGAGGGCAUCUGCUUGAAUGUUAAAACACAGCUCCCAUCCAUCAGAGGUGUGUGUGUGUGUGUGUGUGUGUGUGUCUGUGUUUGUGUGCGCGGAGCGUAGUGGGCUUUGCUGGAACAGGAGAAGGCAGAAGGUGCUGCGUGUGUGAUGGGUCAGAUGCUGAGCGACUCUGAACCCGAUCCCCGUGGCGGAGCGGACGAAUUGUUGUUUGAAGAGGCACGUUGGACAGACAGUGUUGCUCUAAACACAGAGACAGCUUUUAGACUAAUGGUCUGAAUUAACACUGAAGGACUAAAGCAGGGACUCCUGGAGGUCAGACGUCCUUUCGUGUAGUGCAGCAGGGGUACAGUAUGUUUUGGCCUGAUUAGAUACCGUAGAAGCUUAAGAUGUUGUAAUGAUGAAGUGUAAGAGACACCCGUGCAGGAGAGAGAGGGGGUAGUGCUAAGCUUAGGGUGCCUGGUGUUCUCGCUGAGUGUGAUGGAAGUUCUGCAGAGCCAUUAUUCUCCUCCCCUCACCCCUAGUAUCUUUAUUCCGAUUAAAACACUGAGAACCUGACACAAGGUCUGUACAUGAGCGGGAGAUGUGUUUCUUUUGUUAUUUAUAAACAUGCUGGUCCACAGCCGUUCUGCGCUGUAGUGUUUUUUUUUUUUUUCCCCUUCACUAUCUGGUAAGCAGACUUCAUAGUGCCGUCACAGGAGUGUGCCGAGUCUGCUGACUAGUCUGAACUUUGGAGGAUGCCAAUUGCUCCUGAGGAAAGAUGAGGCAAAUAGCUCCAUCAUGGGCACUGUACACUUUCCAAUGCCCCUGUGCGGCUGUGUCCUGGACUUCAACCCACUGUUCUCUUGCAAGGACACUUUAAAUGUCCACACUAGAGUCAGACACCUACCUGCUACAGAUGGGAGAAAAAAAUAACUUUUUGUGAUGUCACCCAAGAGUUAUCAUUGUGGUUGGGAUAUGCUUGCAGAGUUUUAUUUCAAUCAAAUCUCAGAGAAUUCCCAGAAUCUUGGGGAAUUCCUUAUUCCCUGAGAAUGCCCUCUAUUCCACCACAAUUAGAACAAACAUACAAACAAAAAGAGUCAAAUCCAGGUUUGUUGUUUGUUUAGUGUUUGUGUUUGUUUUCCCCAUGGUGGCUUUUUAAAGUUGGUAUCCUAUUCCUGUCUUAAGAGCUCAAUGAGGCUGGCUGCCUUCCUUCCGGCGUGUUCCGGCUGAGGGUCAGACAGGGGAGGAAAGGUCGGAGAGGGGCUGACCGAGUGUUAGUGUGUGUGUGUGUGUGUGUGUGAGAGAGAGAGCGAGCGAGGGAGAGAGAAUCAGGCAUGGUAAGGGUGUAAAUGUAAUAUAAAGUAAGCUUGAGGAGUACCUGUUUCCAAUCACAUAAAGAGGACUGAGUUCAUCCUCUGCCACCACUACCACAACCAUAUUUUAAAUACAAGCAUCACUCACAGGUGUUUGUACUUGACCUCUGAUGCCCCCCUGCUUUUGUGUGUGUCAGAAUAUCAUUGUUGAGUGGCAGGGUAUUCUUGCUGGCUGACCAGCAGAUGAGUUGUGUUUUGUUUGUGUCAUCGUGAUAUUGUAACUGGAUGGUUUGUUGCACGUGUAUGUGUGUGUGUGAGUGUGUGAGACACAGAGACUUCAGGUGUGUGCACAGUAUGUCUGGACAUCACUGUAACCUGACCUGCGGUUUACAUGUUACGAGCCAGGUCAGGUCUGCCCUGAAACAAGCACUUUGGUCAGUAGUUUUUUCCUCUACUCCUGGGGGGCGGGGUUGUUAAUUUACAGUCCCAAGAAAGAGCUAUGUCUAAUUCCUCUAUUCACAGAUUGAUUGUUCCCCCACAAGUUGUGUGUGUGUGUUUUCUGUGAACAUUUUGUCAACAGAGGAUUAAGGCUGUUGUCAGCCUUGUUGUUGUCUCUAAUGUAGAAGACAUGUAUAUACUGUAUCUCUGUAACAUAUUGUAUAUUCAUUCAGAUUGGUGUGAGUGAGCGAAAUGAUGAACCUGGCGCCCCCUACUGUUCAUGUUGGUUUCAGCGACCUGAGGGCAGCGAGGGUGACAGUGCUGUUAGAACUCACUGAGCCGUUGCUAGCCAGCGGGUGCAGUCACAUAGCAGACCUGCACUAGGUUAUGAUCAAAGAUUCUAGAGCGGAGCUCUGUUCUGGAAUCUUUGGUUAUAAUCAUACUCUUUCUCAGAGGAAGAUCAGAUAACAACCUUUUUUUUUUUAUGAGAUGGGCGUCAAAUGAAUGCCGUCACAGAGCACUUCAGAUCUGACAUAGGGUACUGGAAAGGGUGUAGAGUUACCUAUUGGAUCUCUGUGAGCCACUGCCUUCAUUGAGAAUCCCAGUGCUGUGAGCCCAUUGGCUGAGGGGGUUGCUGGGGGAGUCUGGGUAAAUGUAGGUAGGCUGGGGUGCGGUGUGAUUUAAUAAGAAAAAAUGGUUAACUAAAUGAAAUUCUAUUUAUUUGGAAUAAGUAUCUGAACUAAUCAGUUUUAAUGCAUCCUAGACUGUUGGAAACAAAAUGAAGGAACCAUGGAGAGAUCCAGUUGAAAUGGUUUUCAGCAGUUAUAUUUCUGAUGUGAUUUCUUCCUUACCAUGAUUUUUUUCCCCCCUCUUAAAAAUAAAACUGAUUCAGCAAAGUGA